CUCCAUCCCAUCAACGGCUUGGAUCGCAAUCCGCGCCCAAAAGCAUUCCACCAAUCACAUCCCACCAUCUCUCGACUAUAUAAAACCUCCUUCACCCAUUCAACACUUCACCGCGAAAUCAAAAUCUCAUUAUCCCCAAAAAAAGAAAAAGUCUCAACACACAAACAAUGGCACCAAAGGCAGAGAAGAAGCCAGCUGAGAAGAAGCCCGCCGCCGAGAAAGCUCCCGCGGCGGAGAAGGCGCCGGCGGAGAAGAAGCCUAAGGCGGGGAAGAAGCUGCCGAAGGAUGGCGGCGCCGCCGCCGGAGACAAGAAGAAGAAGAGGAAUAAGAAGAGCGUGGAGACCUACAAGAUCUAUAUCUUCAAGGUGCUGAAGCAGGUGCACCCCGACAUCGGGAUCUCGAGCAAGGCCAUGGGCAUCAUGAACAGCUUCAUCAACGACAUCUUCGAGAAAUUAGCUCAGGAGGCGGCGCGGCUCGCCCGCUACAACAAGAAGCCGACCAUCACCUCUCGGGAGAUCCAGACCGCCGUGAGGUUGGUGCUCCCCGGUGAAUUGGCCAAGCACGCCGUGUCGGAGGGAACCAAGGCGGUGACGAAAUUCACGAGCUCUUGAAUUUAGCUGAAUUAGGGCUUUUCUUGAUUGGGAAUUUCUGUUUUUAGUCUUGGCUUAAUUAGGGUUUUAAAAUAGGGUUAUUUUGCAUUGUAUGGCUCUGUUGUUGUUGCUCUCGCCUCCCCAAAUCGUGAAUAUAAAAAUAUUACUUCUUCUCA